AGCCAAUCGCAGCGCUCCUCGGCCAGCUCGCCCAGUAAGCGAGGCCGUGGUAAUAAGGAUUGCGACGCACGGGCACGUACAGCUCCCAAGAUGGCGGCGACCGGUGAGAGCGGCGGGGUAACCGGAGUUAAGCGGGAGCAUCUCGGCAUUCCCGAGGCGGUGUUUGUGGAAGAUGUUGAGGCUUUUAUGAAGAAACCUGGAAAUGAGACAGCAGAUACCGUCCUCAAGAAAUUGGAUGAGCAGUAUCAGAAAUAUAAGUUUAUGGAAGUAAAUCUUUCUCAGAGAAAAAGAAGGUUAAAAAAUCAGAUUCCUGAAAUUAAGCAAACAUUAGAAAUUUUAAAACAUAUGCAAAAGAAGAAGGAUACAACUGAACCAAUGGAAACUAGGUAUUUACUGGCAGAUAAUGUGUAUUGCAAAGCAUCCGUACUGCCCACCGAUAAAGUCUGCUUGUGGCUGGGGGCGAAUGUGAUGCUUGAAUAUGAUAUUGAUGACGCUCAAGCUCUGUUAGAAAAGAAUCUCUCUACCGCAAGAAAGAAUCUUGAAUCUACAGAAGAGGACCUUGAUUUCCUACGGGACCAAUUUACCACCACAGAAGUCAAUAUGGCUAGAGUCUAUAAUUGGGAUGUAAAAAGAAGAAACAAGGAUGAUCCUUCUAAAAGCAAAGCAUAGAUCAUAUUUUAAAUGAAACCAGUUUCCAUGCCCACAUUGUUUUAAAAAAGAAAAACCAAACACCCAACUAUUUGGAAUCGAUGCAUUCUCUCUUCAUUUUCUAAAGUGAACUACUGUUCAAAAACCAGGCACCAUUUUAUUUAUUUGUUCAAUCCAACUUCAUUUGUCUUUUUUUAUUUUAUAUAAAUAUCAUGGAAUGAAGAGGAAAAGGCACAUAGUAUAGAAAUUGCUCCAUCUCACAAUUUAGAAACUGCAGAGAAACACUGAUAACAUUGUGUAACUUCAAUUGUUAAUGCUUUCCAUAGUCUUACAAGUUUACUAUAUUUGUUUAUGGUAACCUACAGAAAAGAAUUUGGAUCUUAACAUUGACCAUACAAUAGAGCUGAUGCUUUUGUAUACGUUGGCUUUUUUCUGUAGAUAUAUUUUUUCCACAAGAUAAAGUCCACAACCAGCCUUUCUAGCACGUACAUUCUACAAACAUUUUAUGCUACCUAUGUAUGGAUCUUAACCUUCCCCAAUUUACUUUAAAUGCAAUAUAUAAUUUGAUUAUGUAAUGGUAUUAGAACACUUUUUUUUUUUCUCCCUUUUGUCCUCCGUCACUACUCAUCGGAACACAGCCUUAUUAUUUUUGUACAUUAUCACGUUUUGUUUCAUAAAGGUGCCAUUCUGUAUCUUUGCCUGUACUAUUCUCUGAAUAAAGUUCUGUGCCACUGAGCUUGCAAUUCUA